AUGAAAUUCUUGGUAGUCCUCUUAGCGAUCGCUUCGGUCUGCGCAGCAGCUCCCAGUGCAAUUUUGAGCCCGUUACUGGGUGGAGUGGGUGUCGUUGGGCCUCAUGUUGGACCAGCGGUGGUCGCUGGUCCUGCAACUGGAGCCGUCCAGGUAGCUGGACCAGUGGCUGGUCCAGCAGUGGUCACUGGAGCGGUAGCUGGUCCAUCAGCUGUCGUUGGAUCGGUUGCUGGACCCACUCUCGUCUCUGAACCCGGUCUUGGCAGCGUCGUCGUUGGUAACUCCCUGGUUUCCCCAGCACUAGCUGCACCCGCAGUGUUAGCCGGCGCAGCAGGCACAGUCGUUGCUGGACCAGCAACUUCAGCGAUCGUCGCUGGUCCUGUUACCAAAACAGCGGUGAUCGGUGCCUCUUCUUCUGCAGUCGUCACUGGAGGCGGUCACUGGUAG